UUUAUUUCCAAUCUUUCAGAUGGAGGUCAAACCGUGAAAAAUUAUAAAGAUGCUGACCGUUUACUAUCCUAAUCUUCUUCGUUUACCAUUUCCCGAUCAAACUUAUAGCAUACCCAAACAUUUAUUUUUAAAAAAAACUUGGAUGGACCGAUUAUGGUAAUCAUGAGGUAAGCCUACCACAUAUGAAUCAUCAACAUGAGUUAAUUUUAGUUGACACCGGAAGCAUUGGGUCAACCUCCUCAAAGAUCAAUGAUAUGAUCAUGUGUCACAACCCAAUGAAAAAGAUUGAAUUAUUAUGCAAUGGAUGUGUGAGACCAAUCAUGGAGAUGCCGUUCUACAAGUGUCGGGCCAAAGAAGAUGAGAACUGCAACUUUGCUCUUCAUGAAUGGUGUACUCGGCUUCCAACAAAAGUAGACAACCACCCAGCUCACCCACAACAUCCCCUCCUUCUAAUGACAAACAUCCCCAAUAUGUUUAACAUAUUUCAUUGUUUUGUUUGCCACUUACCUUGCAAUGGCUUUGCUUAUGGUUGUGUCGAAUGUGGAUUUUACGUUGAUGUUACUUGUGGGUUUAUGCCGGAAAGAAUCACACAUGAAUCUCACCCAAAUCAUCUUCUUUCAAUUACGGAGGAUCAGCCGCCCAGUGCAUGGUGUCUUAUGUGUCACAUACCCACAAUUUCCAAUCAUAUUUUGAGUUUUAGUUGCAGCUUUUGUGAUGUGUAUAUUCAUCCGUGGUGUGCUUUGUUCUUGCCUAAGACAAUAAGGCACCCUUAUGACAAACAUCCAAUGCACAUCAGUUACCUCCCAAUUGAAAACCACAAGAGUGAAUACUUUUGUGAAAUUUGUGAGGAGCCACUGAAUCCUCAUAAUUGUUUCUAUCAUUGUGAUGUGUGUAGCCAAUCAGUGCAUCCUGAUUGUGCACCUUUAAUACUUCAGUGUGAAACAGAAACCUAUUCCAGCUAUUAUUACAAAGGAAUCUAUUUGUUUUUAAAUAUGAAGUUUGGGAGCAUUCAUAUGACUGAUGGUCACCCACAUCCUCUAACAUUUGCCCAAGGGAUUGCGAGUGAUGGCGAUUGUAGUGAGUGUGGUUGGAGAUUGCAGUUCAAGAUGAUACUUAGGUGUUCCGAGUGUGAGUUUGCAGUUCAUCACCAUUGUUUUGAAGAAUUGAACAAGUCAUGAAGGUGUGUAUGUUUCAUCUUCCAUGUGCUUUGAAGGCACACAACCUAUCUAUCUUAUCUACUUAAUUCCCACUAUCAAAGUUAAUAAUAUCUUGUAUAAUAAGUAUUGUCGCUACUUUUUCUUGUAUAUCUUUUA